CACCAUCCCAGCUAAACCUUGAACAAAUACUUCAGGGGCUGUAUAGUUUUGAAAACAUUCUACAUUUGGACUCGCUCCCGUGUCGCUGCGACUGUGUUGGGGGGAAUUUUCUUCCAUGAUUUGAUGAUUAGUGAUGGGAUGCAACUUUAAAAUUCGGGUACAAGUUACUAUAUAAAUAAGACAUUACAUUAUUAGUAAUGGCGGACAAGAAACCAAAAAAAGAUAAGAAAGAUGAAAAACCUCCCGAGAAGAAAGACGAGAAACCUGCCGAAAAGAAAGAUGAUACGCCAGGGGACCAAAAAGGUCCGCCAGAAGCAGGGCGCAGGAUGACAGUUCUUAUUGGUCAAGAUGGAACUGGGAUCUCUCUUGUUCCAAUGCCUGCCCCCUCCUCAGAUCUUAGUAUACUUUCCAAAAAUGUCCCCGGUGGGGGUGCCAUACCGGCCGUCAUUCGUGCUCCAGGAAUGGAAGGAGAAGGGAUGGCCUUGCAGCUCGAAGAAGCAGAGGUUCUUCCGUAUGAAAGCGUUUUCGAAUGGGACAUUCAAGAUCCUGUCGGGUACUACGCAGAGGAUGAAAAAUAUGCAGCUCUGCUCAAAGUGUUUGAAAAAGACGAAGUCAAAGUAGCCGUUUUAGAUGGGAUGUGGCGUGACAGAAUUAAAUACCAAGUUCUUAGAAGAUUUACAUGGCCUCCACCACUCUUUCUUAAGCAAAUUUUCUUCACGAGAGGAUAUUAUGAAGACUACGAACCGAGACCUACAGUAAAUAUUCAGUGGUUACAUUUGCAAAGAGAUGCAAAACGGCAAAAACAGGAAGCGAAAAUGAGAAGGGCAGGAGAGAAUCGAUAUAAUUUACAAAUGGCUUUCGACAAUUCGCUUGGUCCAAAGGCAUCCUUGUCUGAAUUUGAUGAGAGUAUUUACAAUCGCAAUUUACUGGUUAUAAGAGGUUUAUCACGUGAUACUGACCCGGCGCUGCUAAGGAAGAUGUUUCCUAAAGGUCACGUUGUUCUCCUUGAUGACGGAAUGGGUGGUCUCAAGGCCGAAGUUGAAUUCAAAAAUUUGGAUGAUGCCAGAGCUGGGUAUAGAACAGGCAUGAGUUCGAAUAUCAAUGGUCAUCGUUUGAACAUACUCCCGAAACGAUGGCCUAGACCUUCCCUGUCUGAUUUUGACCCUGUCGUUUAUAAUCGUGAAAUCCUUGUUAUCCGCGGCUUAGAAAAGGAUGUACCAAUAGAAUUACUCAAAGAAAUGUUUCCUAAGGCGAAGAUUGUCAUGAAGGAUAAUGGAACAGGUGGGCAAACUGCAGAAAUGACAUUUGACAAUGAAGACGAUUCGAGUGAAGCGUAUCUGAAAGCUAUCUCCUCCAAGAUCAAGGGAUACACAAUUAACAUUCUUCCAAUUGAGCGAAAACCACACCCUAAGGAUUCGUUGUCUCAAUUUGAUCCAGUGAUAUACAAUCGUGAAAUCUUGAUAAUCAAAAACAUGCCCAAAACAACAGACUUGGAGAAGAUCAAGAAAAUGUUUCCAAAUGGCACAGUCACUGCGAAGGACAAUGGAAAGGGUGGAUUUGAUAUUGAAAUUGCUUUCAAAAGCUAUGACGAUUCGGCAGCUGCAUAUAAGAAAGCUUUGAAUGAAAAGAUUGAUGGAAAACCGUUCUAUAUUCGUCCAAUACAAUGGGAGGGAGAAUACGGGCCUGGAGCUGGAGGCAAGGGUGACGAUCUCAGCAAGUUCAAGAAACCAGCCAAGCCUCCACCACCUCCUGUCAUUACUGGUCAGAAAAAGUCCCUGUCCGAAUUUGAUCCAUUAGUCUACAAUCGUCAAAUAUUAAACAUUAAGGGUCUCUCAAAGGACACACCGCAAUCAUUGCUUGACCAAAUGUUCCCAACUGGCAUUGUGACCAUGAAAGAUGACGGAAAGGGUGGUCUUGAGGCUGAAAUUGAGUUUCAAAGUGAAGACGAUUCUAGAGCUGCGUUUAGGCACGCAUUAAAAUCCAAGAUCAAGGGGCAGGCAAUAAAUAUCCUUCCAAUCAUGCGACUUCCUGGAUCUGGACAAGACGAUAUUGAUCGAGGAGAUGUCAUUUACGCUAACCCUUACAUGAUUAAAUCCAAAAUUCAAGCUCAUCCUCUCCGUUCUAAAGAUCCGCCCAAGGGCGUUAAACCUAAAACCACCAAGAAACUGAAUGAAUAUGAUCCCAUCGACUACGACUACCUAAAAUUGGACGUUCAUGGAAUUCCUCCUGGCACGAAAAAAGAGGAUAUCAAAAAGAUUUUCCCUAGAGCCAGCGAAAUUAAGAGUUUGGAUCCGGAUGUUCGGUAUCCUGGAAAAUUGAAUGCAGUCGUUAUUUUUAAAACCCGAGAGGAUGCCAUGUACUCAUACAUUGAUAAUCAUGAACAAAUAAUCAACGGAGGAGAAAUGGAUAUUAUUCCUCAAAGAAAAGAUGGAAAACCUGAGCCGCUUAAAGGGAAAGGUGGAAAACCUAUUCCGGUAGCGGCACCGGCACCGGUACCUUCUGCAGUUGCUGACAAAAAGCCGGAUAAGCCAAAGGUGGCGAAGGCAUUGACGUCGUAUAAUCCUUUAGACUUUGACUACCUCAACUUGGAUGUGUCAAAUAUUGCUGCUGGUACUACAAAAGAUCAAGUACAAAAGAUGUUCAAGACUGGAAAAAUUAUCAAAUUUGAGCCAAAUCCUGUGAAUCCAAAAAUGAUGAUCGCCGUAGUUAGCUUUGAAACACGGGAAGAUGCUAUUGAGGAUUAUAAGAACGCGAUUGAUAAACCCUUAAACGGUCUCGAAAUUGACAUCGUCCCACAAAAGCUUUCGGAAGAUGCAAAGAAGAAGAAAAAGAAAGAAAAGGCACCAAAACAAGAAGAACCUGCCUCAACGACUGAGGUUAUUGAAGAAGUCUCCUAUGAAGUCGUUAAGAAGCCCAAGAAAGAGAAAAAGGCGAGAAAGUCAAAGGCAACGACAGUAGCCACUGAAGAACCAUCCGUCGAAGUGGUGGAAGAAGUGACAUAUGAGGUCGUGAAGAAACCCAAGAAAGAGAAAAAGGAAAAGAAAUAAAACCAACUAAAUUAAAAUCACUUUUUUGUUUCUUGGAGAUUUUUAAAAAAUAAAGUAGUGCUAGAAUCUAUUGUCCUUUUAAAGUCGGCAAUUUUAAUACACAAAUCGUCGCUCAAUUUCAUAAUACAUACUUAAGCAACAUGCCGCCUACCCCAAUGGAAGUUGUGGGUCAUGAAUUCGUGAUCAUACUUGGUAUGGCUGUGUGGACAUUAACAGCUAACAUUUUCAUCAAAUAUUUUAAUCUUCCCGAAGUUGUAUGUGCCUUACAAAUAAAAUCGCAUAUUUAACCUUUA